UUUCACCAGAACAGACAAGAAGAAACCCCACUUGACAGAAAAUCACAGUUGGGCCUAAUGGGUGUGAUUGGAAGUGACAAUCCAGAUAGAGCCACAACUUGCUAGAUUCCCUUGACCUUCCCUGCUCUUAUGUUUUUAAACCUUCCAUUCAAACAAACUCAAAUUCCAAGCUUACCAAAUUUAGUUUAAGGCUUUCAAGUUUCAACUACACCUAGAGACUUUUUUUUACGUACUUUUUCACUUAGCACUUAGCAGCAUCAAUGACAAUCAGCCUUCACAAUCACAGCUUCAAUAAGAUAGUAGUAAAGCUGUUCUUGUUGAUUUUAUUGUUGGACAGCACGAGUUCUUUACCACAUACAAAUGUGUCUAAUGGGUACUUGGUGAGCGAAAAGGAGUACCUGAAUUGGGUCAAACAAAUAGGUUCCUUCAAGCACUCUCUCUUCCAGAAAGCAACCAACAAGUUAACACCUUGCUCAACCAUAAGAGUAAACAAAAACUCGAAGUUAACUGGUAAUUUUGUUACAGUUCAAAAGGCUAUCAGUUCAAUACCAGUAGUCAAUAACUGUCGGGUGGUUAUUUCCAUCAGUGCAGGGAUUUACAGGGAAAAGGUCCUAAUUCCUGCGACUAUGGCAUACAUUACCCUGGAAGGUGCUGGUGCUGAUAACACCAUUAUUGAGUGGGACGACACAGCCGACCGAAUUGGACAAACUGGGCAUCCAUUGGGUACCUUUGGUUCUGCCACAUUUGCAGUUGAUGCUCCUUACUUCAUUGCAAAGAACAUCACCUUCAAGAAUAUAGCACCAUCGCCACCAUCAGGAGCUCUAGGCAAGCAAGCAGUGGCACUGCGGAUUUCAGCUGACACAGCAGCCUUCUUCAGUUGCAAAGUUAUAGGAGCACAAGACACUCUUUAUGAUCACAUAGGCAGACACUACUUUAAGGAUUGCUACAUUGAAGGCUCCGUCGAUUUCAUUUUCGGAAAUGGUCUCUCGUGCUAUAAGGAGUGCCAUUUAAAUGCCAUCACCAGUACCUAUGGAGCCUUGACUGCUCAAAAGAGAGAGAGCUUCCUUGAGGAAACUGGCUUCUCAUUUGUCAAUUGCAAGGUCACUGGAUCAGGUGCCCUUUACCUGGGAAGAGCUUGGGGCACAUUUUCUAGGGUAGUCUUUGCGUACACAUAUAUGGACAAGAUCAUCACUCCUAGAGGAUGGUAUGACUGGGGAGACAAAAACAGGGAAACGACCGUAUUUUAUGGACAAUACAAGUGUUGGGGACCAGGGGCUGAUUUCGGGGGCAGAGUUUCAUGGUCUAGGGAGCUCACUGCUGAGGAGGCUGAACCAUUUAUUUCACUUGGUUUUAUCAAUGGCCAGGACUGGCUCCCAAACUAGGGAUAAUUUCAAGUUAUCAACUGCACUUGGUACACCAUCAACGCCACGGUGCAACUCAAAAAUAUAUUUUAGUGAGUUACAACACAACACAUAUUCUCAUUCCCAACAGUUAAAUUGAAAAAAAAAGCAUGCAAGUAAAGCCGGCAUCUGCAGAGAUUCUUGUAUGGCACAUGUAGUGCAAGUAUUAUGCUAUUUCUCAUCCUCCUAAUUAGGAAAUAGAAUAAUAGUUUGCUACUAAAUUGAACUAUGCUAUUGGAAUUUAGCAUUCUCCUCAAAAAAUAUGUGCAUAGUUUUUGGUAAUAGCAUAAUAGUUUGCUACUAAACUAAACUAUGCUAUUGGAAUGACUAAUCUCAUUCCCCUUAUAUCAUGUAACCCUCAAUAUCGGAAGUUAAGUAGCAAACUGUUAUGCUAUUUCCAAAAACUUGAUGAGUUUUUCUUUCUUUUUUAUUCCUUUUUUUCCCAAGCAAAACAUUCACCCGGAAUAGUUGAACCGCAGUCUCCUCAGAAUUUUCAUUAGGCUAUAAGGUAUUGUACUACAAGUUGAAUGAUUAGAACCAUCAAAGUAGAAAG